AUGUCCUGGACUUCUUUGGACGAAGAUGGGACGACAUCCUCGAGUGACGAGGAAGAAGAUCUCGCGAAAGGAGAUCCCGCACGACGUAUGAAUAGAAUGAUCGAAAAUAUAGAAAAGGAAGAACUUCAAAGCAACCACUUCGAAGUCUCGGCACUAUCUAAUCCACUGUUGGAACAGAACUCGGACAAUGAGAUUCUCUCGGAAAAAGCGGCCAGAUCCCAGCUGGAAUUUCAGACGAUUUUGACUAGCAAAGACGAGCAUAUUCGUACCUUGCAGAAACUUGUAAACGGCCAAAGAGAGCAGCUUUACCAUUUCCUGAACAUGUCUAUGAAGAAAGAAACAUUACUCGAGCUAAAGAAGACCUGUCGAGAGACGGAGGCACUGAGUCAAAACGAAAACAUGUGCAUGGCACUGGACAAGUUCAAAUACGACAACAAUUUGCCCACUGAACAAACACUGGUCCGGAAAGACGUGUCGAAAACUUUGCUCGGUCUAGAAAGACUCAUGAGGCAUCAGGUAAGGCUUGUGAAAGCUAUGGGAUUGGGCGUGAUUGACGAAGAUCUCGAAGGCACGAGUAACUCCGUUCAAAUUAGCUGUCUUCGUCGUGAGAACGAGUUCACAGACGUUCAAAGGUUGUCAAAAGGCACGAAGAAUAUUCAACGCAAGAUACGCAUGCUGAAGAUACAGUUAAAGAAGUUGGCUUUGAUCGAGGAAGAGCGCAUCGAUUUGGUGGAACGUGUUUACUCCAUUCCACCUGAUCAGCGACAGUAUUAUGCUCACCUGGCGGUGAUUGAGCGUGAGAAAAGUCAGCUCCUAUGUGAAAUCGACAAACUCAGAGAAAAUUAUAGAAACCACAAACAGAAGUGUUGCUUGCUGGAAGGAACGGAUAUGGGCCUAAGCGGAAACAACGAUAGCAAGGUGCUGAUCGAAGGUAUUGACCAGAACAAUAUAAAGACUGGUUCCAGGACGCAAUUGGAGCUACCGGACAUGGUGAAACGGGGGGAACUGUCCAUGGUCGCGAUGACCAAAGUAGAGAAAGAAAAAUUGAGCUCAGAUUUCGUCAAGUUGUACAAUGAAAAUGCAGAAAUUUCCGAACGGCUGAAGAACUUCGACGAGGUAAAACAGGAGCGUGAUGACUUGAAACGCGAAAUCGAGGUACUCGUGGAGAAUUGUCUUCGACUUCAGGGCGAAGUAAAAGCGCUUCGUAUGGCCAGCAGGUCGAAUGAUCUACUAGAGGAACUCCGUCAGGCUUGUCUGGAAAGAGAACAGCUCAGAACGAAGCUCGACCGAGUGACGAAGGAGGGUCCGGGUGUUUUUAGAAUUUUCGGUGAAACGACGAGCAAAGUUGCCGAAGAAAGAGACCAGCUUCGUCUGAAGGUUGCGGAGCUUGAGGAAGUAAGAGCAGCGCACAUAGCUUUGCUGGACAAGAGUGAAAAAAAUCCCAACAUAGUCAGUACCCUUGACAGAGACACGUACAAAUAUAUGUCCAAGCAAUUACAGCAUCUGAGGGAAACGGAAAAGCAAAGAGAGCGUUUGGUUCUCGAAAUAUCUAGAUACAAGUACGCUCUUCUGAGGCAAGAAGAGGAGGUCAAAGACUUGGUCGAUACCGUCGACAAAUUGAUGGACCACAUAAAGACCCUGAGAAUUAACACGGAUGUCAAUCCUGCGAAAGGAACUCCCGAGGGACCGGAAGUAAUUGCGGUAUUGAACUCUGCUGAGGAAAAACGGCUCGAUAUGAUUCGAAACAGAAUACGCUAUGAUACUUUAAAAACAGCACCGCCAGAUGAAGCAACUUUGUCGGAAAGCACUCCUGAAAAAACUACCUUUAUCAAUUCUUUGAAGGUAAUGUUAGAACAACACUUGACGCAAAUAUAA